GUAUGGCAACAAUAUGUGAGAGGGAGUCCCACAAUGAGCUAUAGAUGUUCUGGAGCCCUCGUGCGGUGUCACUGAGACACCCUUAUUUAACUAAAUAGGGCACCGCCCUACAUAAGAUUACUGGUCUCACCAUGAACUGUCUCAGGCAAUGCUAUGCAAGUAUCAUGCAAGGGAUUCGCCGGAAUGACGCUAGCAAGGAUUGAGGUCUCAGUCGGAGGAUUUUUUAGAUCCCCGCCAACGGAACCAGAGACCGACCGAUAAGAGUGCCCAUGCUGUCGGAUAGAAAAGACUUCUUGCUUGUUAAUCUCCCCAUGCCCCGCUCUAUCUGUUCUACCACUCCUUCGCUGUUGUCCGUUUCUUGUUCCAUUCCUCUCACCUUCCCUCUAAUCGUGGCCAGAGCACAGAUAUGGAGAUGGAGCGCGAGCAGAAGAGCCUCUGGCAUGUGGGUAUCGAGUCGCACGAGGGCUCCCUCGAGUCACCCACUGAGCGCACAAACACUGCGGUUGACCCAGGGGACGAGGGGGAGAAGCGCAUGAGGCACCUUCAAGAGGGCAAUGGUAUACUGCGAUCGCUGCGCGAUUUCGAGACCUGGAUCGACCGCAAGUUGGGCGUGGAGGCCAUGGGAGUCGAACGAGUACCAGAGGAUAAGCGACGGCCACCACAGAAAUUGAAUAUGAUGUUCUUCUGGUUCUCCGUCCUGAUAAGCCCAACGCUGAUCCCUAUCGGCUCGCUGGGUCCUAUCUUCGGCCUCUCAGUACACACCUCAGUCAUUCUGACUAUCUUCGCGGCUCUCCUCGGGACCAUUGUCCCCGCGUUUACCGCGACGCUGAGUCCACCCAGCGGCCUGCGCCAGGUGGCAGUUGCCCGCUAUGCAUUCGGCAUCUGGGGAGCGAAGCUUUGCGGCCUGCUGAAUAUCAUCGUCAAUGGCGGAUACGCGGUGAUUGCCGCGGUAGUCGGAGGUCAGCUCCUUGUCGCCGUGUCCGGCGAUUCGAUCCCACUCGCAGCGGGUAUUGUCAUUAUCGUCGCGAUCGGCUUCCUCGUAUCCUUUUGCGGCUUCACUCUCAUCCACCACUACGAGCGAUACGCCUGGAUCGUUGCCCUGGUACUCAUCUGCGUGACAUGGGGACAGUCCGCCAGGUACUUCUCUCCCACCCCCGGGCUGAGCAAACUCAGCGGCAUCGACUACAGCGGUGCCUGUCUGAGCUAUUUCGCCGUCGUCUUCGGCGUCGCCUGCUCGUGGUGUCCCAUCGCAGGCGAUUACUACAUCCACUACCCAGCCGACACAAGCAAAUGGCUCGUCUUCUGCCUCACCUACUUCGGCCAGGUCCUCCCAACCAUCUUCGUCGGCACGUUGGGCAACCAUUUCGGCGGCAUCAUCAUGUCCAACGACGAAAUGUCCACAAUCUAUAGCACAAAAGGAACCGGCGCCCUAAUCCUCGCCACCCUCCGACCAGCAGGCUGGGCCAAGUUCGCCUGUACCAUAUUCGCCCUCACCUUCCUCGCAAACGUAAUAGCAAACAUCUACUCCAGCGCCCUAUGCAUCCAACUCUGGGGCAAGCACUUCCUCGCCAUCCCGCGCUUCAUCUGGUGCGCCCUGGUAUCGGCCGUCGUGCUCGCCCUCGCCUGGGGCGGCCGCAACAAGCUCGAAGCCAUCAUCGACAACUUCCUCGCCAUCCUCGGCUACUGGACCCUCGCCUUUGGGCUCAUCCUCGCCAUCGAGCACUUCUGGUUCCGGCCGCGGCUCGGCGGCUACGAUCUCAGCGCGUGGCAGGAUCCGACCCGCAUGCCGGUUGGGCUGGCCGGAACAGCCGCUUUGUUGAUUGGAAUCGGGUUUUCGUUUCUGGGCAUGGCGCAGACCUGGUAUGUGUCGCCCGUGGCGAGGAGGAUCGGGACACAUGGUGGCGAUGUGGGCGAUUAUCUGGUUUUUGCUUCGGUGGGGGUUUUUUAUCCGGUUUUGAGGACUUUGGAGAUUCGGUUUGUGGGGAGGUGAGUGGGCUUUCGGUUGGAUUGGUGUUGGAUAGAUGUCUGUUGUUUUGUGGGUUGUUUGUGUGCGAUGGGAUCAACUGGAUUGGCUGUCUUAACGAAUGCCAUCACGAUACCUUGAAUAUGACUUGUUUGGAUUCGAUGUUAUUUUUGUAGAUAUGUAUAUGAGUCGUUGUAUCAUCCCGAGAAAGCUUUCUGAAGGGGCUGUGGUAUUGGUCUGACAGAUGGUUGAAGAAGGUAUGGUAUGGAUAUAUGGCCAUCAUAGUAAAACAGAGAGGACAAUGAUCUCUUAACCCAUAGUCG